AUGAAGGCAGAGGAUUCAUGUGUACAAUCAACAAUUAGUGUUCGUUGUCAACAGAAUUAUGUUGUUGUUGUUCGAAGUGCUUUUUACGGUGUUGCACAAAUAGCUGGUUCAUGUAGCUAUACAACAGGUGAUUGUAUUGCUGAUGCAAUGAGUAUAGUAACAUGUACAUUAGAUACUCUUCAAUGUAACAUGUAUGCAGCAAGAAAAAAGCUACCGCAAUGUAAUGAUCAAUAUAGUAGUUACAUUCAUGUUGAAUAUGAGUGUGUACCCAUAUCAAUGGAUGAUUCAACAAAAGAAUAUAAUGUUUGUCAAAAUAGUACAGAAAUAACAAGUGAUCAUGGAAUAAUACGAAGUCCCGGGUAUCCAACACAAUUUCAAACAACAACAAGCGAAUGUUUUCGUGCAAUACGUGUACCAAAUGAUAAAAUAAUUCGUCUAUGGUUAACUGAGCUAUACAUUGGUUCAAUGUUGGGAACUUGUGCUAAAGAUCAUGUCUAUGUUGUUGAUAGUGUCCAAACAUAUCGACAUUGUGCUCGAGUUCGAUAUGCUUAUCCAUAUUUAUGUUCAUCGACAAUUAUUAUUCAAUAUUAUGUUACAACACAAUUAUCAAUCUAUCGUGGAAUGAGAAUGUAUUUCGAAAUAGUUGAUCGACCUUCAAAUGAUACUUGUCCAAAUAUAGAUGGAACAGUAACACCUGUACCAUCUAUAACACCAACAGUAACAACUAUGAAUCCAAGUCAAACUACAACUAUGCCCAUUUAUGUUUUACUUGGUAUUGCAUCACCUGUUCGAAGUUUUCAAAUUUGUCGAGGUCAAUCAUUUAACAUUCAAUGCCCAACUAACUAUGGUGUAGUUAUUACUACAAAUAUAUUUGGUGUUACUCCAUCUGGUCAAUGUGAACAACAUGAUGCAUCGAAACAUUGUUUUGAUACAACAGCUCCAACAUUUACAUGUCGUCGAAGUUGUACGUUUUUCUAUCCAGGAAACCAAGUUGUUUCAUCAUGUGGUGGUAGAACUGCUGUUUAUCAAUAUGUUGAAUAUCAAUGUAUACCAACAAAUACUGAACUUGUUUCACCAAAUACUUCAUGCCCAUCAGAUGGAUCGAAAAUUCCAAUAUCAAUUAAUCGUCGUGGUCGUUUUCAAACAUAUGGUUAUCCAACUUUUACAAGAAUGAAUUGUAAUUAUCGAAUAAAAACUAAUGUGGGUUAUAUUAUGAAUUUUUAUGCACUUGAUAUUAGUUUAAAUGAUUUUUCGACUGAAUGUAAAUCAAAUAAAAUAACAUUUAUUGAAGAUGGUGAAAGUGAAGGUACAGAUUUUUGUGAAGAACGUUCUUAUAAUUUAAUUUAUUCAAGUUGUUCAAAUGAACUUGAUUUACGUUAUACUGCUAAUGAUGAAACAACAUUUUUUUCUUCUGGUGCUCAAUUAUAUAUUGAAAGUCAAGCACGUCCAUCUGAUUGGUCUUGUGGUAAACCUGUAAUAACAUCACCUCCAACAACUAUUCGAACAACACCAUUUACAACACAAACAGCAGUAGUUUUAACAAAUGAAACAAACAUGUUUGCACGUGAUGAAAUUGAACAUGAUAUUUGUUUUAGUAGCUCAUUAAGUUAUAGUUGUCCAUCUGGUUAUACAUUCAUGAUAAUAGGUGCUUUUUAUGGUGUUAAAAAACAACCAUCAAAUAAAUGUGGAUUUGUUCAAGGUGAUUGUGUACAAGAAACAUUAUCAACAUUAACACAAUGUCGAAAUGAUUUACCUACUUGUUUUAUAUCAUAUUCAACUAGACGUCGACUAGCACUUUGUUCAGAUCAAUAUGCUGAUUAUUUUCAUAUAACUAGCCAAUGUGUACCAAGUAAAUCAGUUGGAACUGUAUCAAGUAUAACAACAUUUGAUAUUUGUGAUACAAAUAAUCCUAUUGCAAGUAUACAUGGAGUUGUUACUAGUCCAAAUUUUCCAACUUAUAAACAAACAAAUAAUGAAUGUAGAAGACCACUUAUGGGUAUAACGGAUAGAAUAGCAAAAAUUUGGAUUAAUGAAAUGGCUGUAUCAAGUGGUGGACAAGGUCGCUCAGAUGAAUAUUCAAAUGAACCUGAUUUAGUUAUUUCUAAAAAUGAUGAUACAAAUAAUUUAGAUGAUUUAGAACGAAUAAAUCCAUCUAUUCGUGAUACUUGUGUCAAUGAUUAUUUAAUAAUAAAUGCUCCACAUCUUGCUUAUGUUUAUUGUGGUACACGUAAAGUAGCGAUUGCUCCAAUUUGUGCUACAACUAUAGAUAUUCAAUAUAAAACAACAUCAUCACCAAACUCUUUUUAUAAAGGUUUUAAAUUUUAUUUUGAAUGGAUUCCAAGACCAAUGCAAAUAACAUGUGGUAAUCCAUUACCAUCAUCAACAACACCUAUUAAUGAACAAGUGCCAGAUUGGGCACUAAAUUUAGAACUUUCACCAAUACUUUCUGCACAUGUUUGUCUUGGAACAGCAAUAACUUUACGAUGUCCUCGUGGUUCUGAUUAUGUUCUGUCUAUCAUUGAAUCAAAUUAUGCUACAACAGGUACAGGUCAAUGUGAAAUUCCAUCACCAACUCAUUGUCAUCAAGAAGCUUCACUUGGUUUAACAUGUACACAAUCAUGUUUUAUUGAAUAUGAUAUUCCAAAACCACUUGUUCAAUGUGGAUUACUAGAUGCUGAUUAUCUUAAUAUAGAUUAUGAAUGUAUACCAACACGUUUACCAAAUAAUGAAAAUCCAAUUGAUAUAUGUGGAUCAACAACAACAAAUACCAUUGCACUCGAUAGAGUCAUGAUGGUUAGUCCACAAUAUCCCAUAUUACCUGCAACUGUACGUAGUUGUUCAAAAAAACUUGAAGCGCCAACAAAUAAAAUAUGGAUGAUCUAUAUAGUUGAUUUACAUUUGGAAGCCGGACUGAUUGAUAAUACUGAAUGUGAUAGAGCAUCAUUAACUGUUAAUGAUGGAAAAGAUAGACGUGUACUUUGUGGUUUACGACAACCUGAAUUAGUUUUAAUUAGUUGUUCAAAUAUAGUUGACUUUAGUUUUGUUUCAACUCAUCAAGCAAUUGGUUAUCGUGGUUUUAAAAUUUUUUCUCAAACUAUUGAUGUACCUGUUGGUUGGACAUGUACACCAGAUGGUUUUACAACAACAACAAAAAGAACAACAACUCGUCCCCCAACUACCACAAGUUUAUUACCACCUAGUUAUCAAAUUGCUGCCUAUGGUGGAACAACAAAUAGUACACGUCAAUAUUGUAAGUUUCCAUUUAUAUAUCAAGGCAAUUCACAAUCAAAUUGUUUAAAACUCGAUCCACCAAGUUCAAUCCCAGGUCAAGGUGCUGGUGAACCUUGGUGUUCAUUAACAAGUAAUUUUGAUACUGAUCGUCAAUGGGGAUUUUGUGAUUUAGGUGUUACUGAGUCAACAUUAUAUGAUAUAUGUCGUAGUCAACAACAAACACUUCGAUGUCCAUCUGGUUAUGUUAUUGAUAUAGUAACAGCUGAUUAUGCAGCUAAACCCAAUGGAAAUACUGGUGCAGGUGCAUGUGUUUAUGAUGUCAAUGAUUGUUUUCAAAAUGAUGCAUCAACUGUUCAAAGUACAUGUGCUGGUAAAGCAUCCUGUGUAGCAUAUCAUUUUUCGAAAACCUUAGCAACAUGUCAAAAUCGACCAUCAGCUUAUUUACAUAUUGAUUAUAAAUGUAUACCGAAUGAUAUUUCUGGUAUAACUACAUAUGAUAUGUGUAAUAAUAAUUUAUUACCACAAGGUAAUACCCGUCGUGGAUUUAUAAUUUCACCGAGUUUUCCAAAUACACCAAAUAAUAUUGAUUGUACAUUUAAUUUACAAACAUUAAAACCAUAUCAAGAUAUUCAUCUUUAUAUAAUUGAUAUGGAUUUAAAUGCUCCGAAUUUACUUGGACAAGACUGUACAAAAGAUCGCUUAAUUAUAUCAGCUGAUAAUAAUAAUUUGGAAAUGUGUGGUAAAACAUAUACAAAUUUUCUACUUAAUACAUGUCAUUCAUCUGUAUCAUUACGAUUAAUUCGAACAACAGAAGCACGAGGACGUGGUGUAAAAUUUUAUUUUGAAUUUCGUGAAAGAUCACCAUCAAUAGAAUGUAUUCCAUUAGCGACUACUACUACAUCACGUUCAUCAACAGUAACACCAACAGGUACAACAACUGCUUCAUUACCAAUUUAUUAUCCUGGUCCAAGUUCUCGUAUGUUUAAAACUUUAUGUUAUCCAGAUUUUUCAGCUUUACUGGGUUCAAAUAAUUUUCAAUGUCCAUCAAAUUAUAUAAUUGUUAUUCAUCGUGCAUUUUAUGGCAAAGGUAGUCGUUGUGAUUAUAGCGUUGGUGAUUGUACAACUGAAGCUGAUAAUGUUUAUCGAUUAUGUUCAGGAAAACAAAAAUGUUCCGUUUCAUUUUUAAAUCAAGUUCCUUUACCAGAAUGUAAUAAAGUUGUUGCUAAUUAUCUUUUUGUUGAAUAUCAAUGUUUACCAACACCAACAAUUGUUCAAAAUAGUGUAGAUUUAUGUACAGGUCAAAUAAAUGAUGUUGCUGGUAAUAGUGGUAUAUUCAAAAGUCCAUCAUAUCCAUCGUAUACACAAACACAAUGUCCGAAUGUAACAUUAAGUACAGUAGCUGGUUCUGAUCUUAUUAUAUUUAUGUAUUUACUUGAUCUUGAUAUUGGUGUACCUGAUCCAACUACAGGUAAUUGUACAAAUGAUUAUUUAUCAUUAUCAUAUCAAUGUAAUAAUCAAUUAUACAAUCGACGUUUAUGUGGUACAAGUUCAACAGAACUUUUAUUUAGUACAUGUUCACCAACAGAUAAAAUUUUUGCUUCAUAUAAUUUAUUAAGUCAAAAUUCACAAUCUCAACGUGGUUUUGCAUUACUUUAUCAAAUUAUGUCACAAUUUAUUGCACCUACAACUAUUCCAACAACAAUAAAAACAACAACAUUAUUAACAACACCUAGUGGUCCUGGUCCAACAAGUACAUUUAUUACAUUAGAAACAAAAUGUGUUCAACAACUUCUUUUAUUACGAUGUGAUCGACCUGGAUAUGUUCUUGUUUUACAUAAAGUACAACUUGCUGCAAGUAAAACUGGUGGUUGUACUUUUUCUCCGAAUGAUUGUUUUGAAGAUCGUACUCAUUUACAUAAUGCUUGUGGUGGUAAAUCAUCAUGUUAUAUAUCUGCACCUUCACAAGCAAUGAAAUCAUGUAAUGGUACUAAAUCAAAUUAUGUAUCUGCUGAAUAUCAAUGUAUUCCAACACGUCCAAAAAUUACACGUGAUGUAUGUUCAUCAACAGGUUCAUCUGAAAAAGUUGAAGGUGGUGCAAUCAUUUCAUCAUUGAAUUAUACAUCAGAAUCUAGAAACUGUAAAAUACAAUUACAAACAAAUGAAGUAUUAGGUAGUCCAAUUCAUAAAGCAUUUAAAAUCUUUAUUCUUACAUUAAAUUUACCAAUACGACCAACAUUACGUGAACAAGGUGCACAAUGUGGUCCAUUCGAUCCAUCGAUCGAGAUCGAUGGUACCGAAUUAGGUCCAAUACGUUUAUGUGGUAAUAGUCAUACACGAUAUUUACUUGAAACAUGUUCAAAUAUUGUUGAAAUUCGUUAUAAUAAUAUAUUGAUGAAUACUGGUACAUCAAAAUAUAAAGGUUUUGAAAUUUAUUUAGAAUCUAUUCAACAUGAUAUAUGUCGUCCAACAGCUCCACCUGCAGUUAUAACAUCACCAUUUAAUAUUACAAGUCAAGUUGCUUGUGGAUUAACCAGUGGACGUGAAACUGUUAAUUUUGCUUGUACAAAUAAUUAUGGUCUAGUCUUUUUACAAUCAUAUCAUUUCGUUACAAAACAGCCUAAUCAAUGUGAUGUAACACAAUUUACAUGUGCAUAUCCAGGUGAACAACCACAAGCACAAUGUUCAGGUCAACAAACUUGUUCAUAUAGGCAUCCAAUACCACUAGUAUCACCAUCAAAUGCAUGUCAAAAUAGUCAAGCUGAUUCAACACAAUUUUAUUUUCAAUGUUUACCAAUGAGACCAUCAUUAGAAUAUCCAGCAGUCAGAUUAUGUCUUAAUUCUCAAACUUCAAAGGAAAUGGGUUUUAUUGAAACACCUGAUUAUCCAAAUACUUAUCAACUUGGAAAACGACAAUGUUCAUUAACUAUUCGAAUACCAAAUAAUAAUGAUGGUAAAAAAUAUUCUAUUUAUCUUUAUAUAAUCGAAUUAUCUUUACGUGAUACUUCAACAAUAAAUCCAUCAUCAGCUGUUGAAUGUUUUGAUUCAAUAAAAUAUACUGAUGGUGAUAGAACAAGUUCAUUAUGUGGAAAAAUUGAUCAACCUGUACUAGAAUAUUAUACAGAUAAAAAAGAACUUACUUUAACACUUAAUAUAUCAGAAACAUUACCGUUUAGUGAAUGGAAUAAUUGGCAAGGUGCACGAUUGUUUUAUAUUGUUGGAGAUCAAUCUUUACCAUCUUCACCAACAUCAGUAAACAUUCCAACAACAACGACAACAACGACAACAACACCAGCAACACCUCCAGAGCAGACAAAACCACCAACAAAUAAUAAAUCAAAUCCUGCAGGUCUUAUUGUUGGAAUUAUUAUUGCUAUUUUGGUUGUAAUUGGAGGUAUAACUGGUUUUGUUUUUUAUCGUCGUAAUUUAUUAUCAAGAUUAAGUAAUACACCUACAGUAAAAUAUGAUGCUGAUAUGAUUACAGUCGAUGGAGCUACGAUAAAUGGACCGGAUGAAAAGCGAACUAGUAUUCCGAAAAUUUCAUUAACAGGACCAGCAACAAAACCAUAUAUCAGUCCAUUUUAUAGAAAAUCACAAAGUACUGAAAAACAAGAAACAGAAACUGCAACAGAUGCAUAA